AUGCCGCACGUGCUGUUGGAUGAAGUCACUAAGCUAUCGAUGCUGCGCACCUUGGAGAGCGGACGAUACCUCAGCAUGGGGUUCCGAUCGGGACCUGUACGAGUAUCCACUGCUUCAGAGCACGACCAAGCACUCGUGGCUAUUAAGACCGCGCCGCAACUUGAGAAGCCGCGAUACGUGAUCUUCGCGUUGCAGACUGGACGAAAAAAUGUACCGAACGAAGACAUUACCGUAUUCAACGACUGCAAACUCAUCAACGUGAAACUGUAUCUGAACUCGGAAUGUUAUCCGUACGACGACAUGAAUUUGGAUUUCGACAGAGGCAGAUAUGCCAUCCUUUACGAGAUGUACUCGCGUUUCCGUAAGGCGUAUUAUGGAUGUGAUUGCGACGAAACGUUCCUGACCACUAUCAAUUUCCUUAUUCGCGGACCUUUCGUGGUUAUCGAUUGUUCGCGACAGAAAGAGUCGAUCAAGAGCGCCACCGUGGACGUGCGCUUGGAAUUUGAUUGCAAGGAGAACGUACCGGAUAAUACGACGGCCUACUGUCUCAUCAUACACGAUCGCGUGGUCGAAUACAGCCCGUUGACCAACGUUGUGCGCAGAAUCACCUAA